UUAAACUAGAACUGGCGUUUCCCUUUUCCCUGUGAGAAGAAAGAAGAUCAAUUUUGCCGGCGUUGUGCCCUAGAAAAUUUAGGUUUCCGGCGAUGGAACAACUGAGUGAAGAAGAGAAAAAGGCGCUUCGUGGAAGCAAAUUCGCGCCGCUUCCUUCUGCACCUUCGUCUUCUCGUCCUCAAUCUAGGCUGGCUCAUCCAGGAGGACCCGUGAAGACGAAUAAGGCAGCAGCUUUAGCAAAAUUCCUUGACAGGAAAUUGCAGGACCCUAGCGGCUUGUCAUCUCUUGAUCCUCGUCUCAUUGAACUCGCCGUCAAAAAUGCUAAACACACUCUUCAAGCCAGUGGGACAUCAAGUAGAGGAAGAAUUGUUCAGCAUGUGGAUUCUUUUGGUGAUUCUGAGGAAUCUGCUGAAGAUGAAGAGACUCAAAUAUCCGUCCAAAAAAAAGGUAAGAAAAACAAAAAGAGGAAGAAGAUGAAGAAGGAGAAACAGCGUAAGAAAUUGGAGGAGUCUUCAAAUGGAAUGGCCAACAAACCUAAAAAGAAGCUGAAACUAUGAUCUACGUGGGCUUUCAAGAGUUGAUGUUGUUAGAUUAUUGGAGCUUUAAGUAGAUAGAUGGCAUGGUAAGAGUCACUAGUUCAAGAUUUUACAGUUGCAGAGGCUAACCACCACAUUCCACAUUCCACAUUCCAUCUUGGUUCCUCAAAUUGAACUAAUUUUUCUUGCUUGGCCAGUUGUGCAAUUAUUUCGUUCUUGUAGCAUUUUACUUUGUGCCAUGAGUUUAUCGUCAAAUUUAUAAGCUUUAAUGACAUUCAUAGUUAAAGGAAGUAUUUUUUUUUU